AGUCGCUGUCAGAGCAGGGCGAGAGUCAAGCAACCUCUGGAUACUCGACACCCUCUCUCUUCCUGUCCCAGGAUGUCUCUCCUCCACGGUGUCCUCUCUCAAGUCCUCAGCUGGACUGGCCUCUGGCAGGUCCUGUUAGUGGUUGGUGCAGGACUGGGAGCUGUGAUUGCAGUUUCGACGGCGAAGCUGUUGGGACGACACGCCUGGUACACAUACAGGCUGUCCUGCUUUAGCAAGCCACCUGCAAACUCCUGGCUUAUAGGCCACCUGGGCCAGAUGCAGAGCACAGAAGAAGGUCUCCUGCAGGUGGAUGACUUGGUGCAGACGUACACACACUCUUGCAGCUGGUUCCUCGGCCCUUUCUAUCCCUUGGUCAGACUUUUCCACCCUGACUACGUCAAACCUCUGCUAAUGGCACCUGCCAGCGUUACAGUGAAAGAUGAGCUCAUCUAUGGCCAUCUGCGUCCAUGGCUUGGACAGAGCCUGUUGCUAAGCAACGGGCAGGAGUGGUCUCGCAAGAGACGGCUGCUGACUCCAGCUUUCCAUUUUGAUAUUCUGAAGAGCUACGUCGUCAAGUUCAACACCUCGACUGACACCAUGCAUGACAAGUGGCGCAACCUGGUGGGUAAAGGCACGACUACUGUAGAGAUGUUUGACCAUGUCACUCUCAUGACACUGGACAGUUUACUGAAAUGUGCCUUUAGCUACAACAGCAACUGUCAGAGGUCUACCAGUGAGUACGUGUCAGCCAUAGUGGAGCUGAGUGACCUGGUAAUAGAUCGGCGCCAAAAGAUUUUGCACCACUGGGACUGGUUUUACUGGAAAACACAGCAGGGGAAACGAUUCAGAAAGGCCCUAAACACUGUGCACAGUUUUACCAGGGAGGUGGUACAGAAGCGCCGAGCCCUUAUCAGCCAACAGGAGAAGACAGAAACAGAUUUCACCACAGCACCACGCAGGAAGAAAGAUUUUGUGGACAUCAUUCUGCUGACAAAGGAUGAGGAUGGACGAGGCCUAACGGAUGAGGAGAUAAAGGCGGAGGCCAACACCUUCAUGUUUGCAGGUCACGACACAACAGCCAGUGCGAUUUGCUGGACGCUGUAUAACUUAGCACGCCACGACCACUAUCAGGAGAAAUGCAGGCAGGAAGUGAUGGAUCUGAUGGAAGGACGAGAUAGACAUGAAAUAGAGUGGGAGGAUCUGUCCAACCUUCCCUUCACCACCAUGUGCAUCAAAGAGUCUCUCCGGCUGCACGCUCCUGUGCAGGCUGUAACAAGGAAGUACACCAAGGACAUGGCACUGCCAGGGGAUCGGAUCGUACCAACGGGUGCCAUCUGCUUGGUCAGUAUUUAUGGGACACACCACAACCCUGCUGUUUGGACAAACCCACAUGAGUUUCAACCUCAGCGUUUUGACCCAACAAACACAGAUGGGCGGGCUUCUCACGCCUUCAUCCCCUUCUCCUCAGGCCCCAGGAACUGUAUUGGUCAGAAAUUCGCCCUGGCACAGCUACGAGUCGUGGUGGCGUUGACCCUGCUCAGGUUUCGUCUGACCCCGGGGGUGAACCCUGAACUCGGGAGCAGCUCUGGGGGAGUUCGCCGUCUCCCCCAGCUCGUCCUGCGUGCGGAGGGGGGUUUGUGGCUGCAGCUAGAGCAUCUGAUCCCGAACAACCCGGAGGAGUUGCAGGAUGAAUGAUCCAACGAGAUGACACAGAAGCUCUGGCCUCACACCUAGUUUAGUACAUCACUGGAUUUAUGUUUACUGAAUUGUUUCUAAAUCUAUUUCUACAAAGACAUGAUCGUCGACUAUUUUUUACUGUUUUGUUUUGAAUAAAUUCUUUAAAAAAAUCUUAAAAAA